AGUAGAUUUAGCUGGACCAUUGUACUUGAAACGGGGAGAGAAGUCCUGGAUUGUAUUGUUUUCCUGUGCAGUAUAUCGAGCAGGGCAUCUGGAGGCGAAUUUAUAGCGAAAAGAGGAAGAGUUUCAGUUAUAUAUUCUGACAACGGAACAAAUUUUAUUGGAGCAAAAAACUACUUGAAGAAGAUAGACUGGAAUGAAGUUAUGGACUACUCUACAGUUAGAAAAAUCAAAUGGCAUCAGAAUCCUCCAACAGCCGCUUGGUGGGGCGGUUGGUGGGAACGCAUGGUCAGAGUAAUUAAGGAAUUACUUCGUAGAAACUUAGGGAAAGCAACUUUAACUUAUGAAGAAUUGAUGACGACUUUAUGCGAUUGUGAAGCCAUAAUUAAUGCAAGGCCUUUAACUUAUAUUUCGGAAGAAGAUAAUUUAAAACCGCUCAGCCCUUCUAUGUUUAUUUCGGAUAUAUCUACCAGUGAAACUCCAGAUUUCGAUAUCAUAGACAGACAUCAUUUAGUGAAACGACAUAGAUACCUGCAAAAGAUAAGAGAUGGACUCCGAAGCCGAUUCAGAAAGGAAUAUCUAGCGGAACUCGUACAUACUGGUAAAAGGAAAAUAGGUAGUUUAAAAAUUGGAGAUGUUGUUCUUGUCAGCAGCGACAAUGUAAAGCGAAUAAACUGGCCUAUAGGAAAAGUAUUGGAAAUUUAUCCUGGAAAAGAUGACGUACCCAGGGUAGCGAAAAUAAAAGUGAACAGUGGGGAACUUAUUCGACCGUUUCAGCGUGUACAUCCUUUAGAAGUUACGACAGAAGAGGACAGUAAGAAUUUUCUUCAAAUUGAAAAGAAAAUGAAUGAAGUCAAAGGUAAAACUGAUGAGAACUACAUAACAGAAAAGCAGGACAUCAAAGAGAAAACUGAAGAGAUAGUCACAAGGGGGCGAAAAGUCAGAGCUCCGCAUCGUUAUGGUUUCGAGUGAAAUUCAUAAUGUUAUUUUGAAAUUUCUAUUUUGUUUUUUAUUUUGAUUUCAAAAUGGGGAAGAAUGUUAGAUUUAGAAUGUAUGUUUUUAUCAUUCCCUCUAUUAUAGAUUUUCUAUUCAGUUUAU